AUGCCCAUACUUGGGGCAUCAACGCAGUAUGCCGAACCCUACUCAUCAACCCCAACCCAAACACCUCAUUUACAAACGCUAACCUUAGGAACAACCCCAUUCCAGGCAUACGGAGUCUUCCUCUCAUACUAUCUCUCAACCGAUAUCUUCCCCGGAACAUCAAGUCUGGAAUACGCCUUCGUCGGCGGUCUGAGUAUCUCCUGCGCAAUGCUCAUCGCCCCACUAGUAACAUACCUUGACAAGCGUAUCUCCACCCGCUUCGUGCUUAACCUCGGUGCCGUCCUCGAAACCCUCUCGUUCAUAGCCUCAUCGUUCGUGAAGAAGAAUUGGCAACUCUUUCUCGCACAGGGCGUAUGUUUCGGCUUCGGUAUGGGUCUAUGUUUCUGCGGAUCUGUAGGAAUCACAUCGCACUGGUUCGAGAAGAAACGCAGCUUAGUCAAUGGAAUUGGAUCCGCUGGAUCGGGAAUCGGUGGAUUAAUUUAUUCCCUGGCAGUCGGAAAAAUGAUUCCGGAACUCGGUCUACCCUGGUCAAUGCGUACAUUGGGAAUCAUUUGCUUCGUGGUGAAUCUCACUUGUGCAAAUUUACUGCGCGUCCCUUCGCAAACCAGAGCGGCUACAAGCGUGAAAGCGCCGACACUCCCCCUAUCGCUGUUGAAAAGACUCGACUUCGUUCUGUUGCUUGCUUGGGCUUUCCUCAGUGCACUGGCCUACGUCACUUUACUAUUCAGUUUGUCCAGUUAUUGCGUGGCCAUUGGUUUAACCCAGCAACAGGGCAGUCUUGCAAGCGCACUACUCAGUCUAGGCCAGGCAUUCGGACGUCCAGCAGUCGGUUUAUUGAGCGAUCAUUUCGGUCGGAUCUUCAUUUCCAUGAUAGCCUCAUUUCUUGCCGGUCUGCUGUCGCUGGUUGUCUGGAUUUUUGCCAGUUCAGCUGGGCUGACGUAUUUCUUUGCUAUCAUUGUUGGCUUAUUCGCCGGUACGUUGUGGGCAUCUGCUGCUCCCCUUGCUGCGGAGGUUGUGGGGAUUCAACAUCUCGGAGCUGCGCUGGGGGUUAUUUGGUUCGUACUUACCCCUCCGGCGGCGGUUGCUGAAGCCAUUGCUUUGCAGUUGAGAAAUGAGGUGGGUUUUUCGAAGCCUUAUCUUCGGGUUCAGCUGUUUGCGGGAUUUGUUUAUGUUGGUUCUGCGGCUUGUUUGGCCUGGUUGAUGUUUGAGGUUAGGAGGAAGCGAAGGGUGGCUCGUCUUGAUGUGGAUAAAUCUGAUCUCUAA